UCGUCUGCAUUGAAUUUAUCUGUGGUUUCAAACGAAGAGUUCAUUCAAUGAAUCGCAUCAAAUUCACUCGAACGUAAACAAAAGAAAAUUGCCUGUGAAAGGUUGAAUAACGCUAACCGGUCGCAGAGUAUCGUGUGGUUUGGCAAGAUUGGUUUUUGCUGUAUUCUCAGUGGAAAAUGCUGCUUCGAAGGAUAGCAGUUGCAGGAAACGGUAUUCGGAUCAGAUGCAUACGUCGCUAUACUGAAGGCAACAUCCUGAAACUGCAGGACCGUGGAUUUUUCCAGGAUGUUUUUCCUGCCGAAACGGUUGACAAAGCACGCAGCGCUCUCGGCAGCUGUCCGCAAACGAUUUACGCUGGAUUUGAUCCUACCGCAGAUAGUCUACAUGUGGGCAAUCUGUUGGUCAUCAUAGGGCUGCUUCACAGUCAGCGGGCAGGACAUCAACCGAUAGCCUUGCUGGGUGGUGCCACCGGUCAAAUUGGGGACCCGAGUGGGCGCCAAACUGAACGUCAAGCCAUGCUGCUCGAGGCUAUGCGGCACAAUUUGAACUGCAUCGAGGCGCAAAUUAAGCGCAUUUUCGAGAACCAUCGACAGUGUUUGUGGGAGAAUCGUGGCCAGAGCUCUCCGCUUAAACCGGUUCAGGUGGUCAACAAUGGCGACUGGUAUCGGGAGUUGAAUUUUGUUCAGUUUGUGUCAACUGUAGGGCGCCACUUCCGGAUGGGUUCGAUGCUGUCGAGGGCAUCCGUUCAGAGCCGGCUACAGAGCGAGGCUGGCAUGAGCUUCACCGAGUUCACCUAUCAGAUAUUUCAGGCUUACGAUUGGUUGCAUUUGUUGCGCAAUUCAAACUGCCGGUUUCAACUGGGUGGUAGCGACCAGAUGGGUAAUAUAAUGUCCGGCCACGAGUUAAUAUCAAGAGUCGAGAAGUCCAAAGAGGUUUUCGGAUUGACGGUUCCGCUGAUCACCAAUGAGGAGGGUGAUAAGUUUGGCAAGUCAGCUGGCAAUGCAGUUUGGUUAUCGGCAGACAAAACAUCUCCGUACGCGUUGUAUCAAUUUUUUGUUCGGACCCCGGAUGCCGAAGUUGAGAAAUUGUUGAAGCUAUUGACGUUUUUGCCGAUGGAUGAAAUCCGCAGUCUAAUGGCUAGACAUAAACGAACACCGGAACUGUGGGAAGCCCAGAAGCGAUUGGCUCAAGAGUUGACGCUUCUGGUGCACAGUGAAGAAGGACUUAAAAAGGCCGAAAGCCUAACAGCUGCCCUGUACAGUGGGAAUGUAGAAGCAUUAGGCAAUCUGGAAGUAAAGGAUAUUCGGCAGACUUUUGGAGGAGCACCAUUGGUUGACAUUCUACCCGAGCCGGGAAUGACCGUAUUGAACGUAGCUAUGCGGGCCAAAUGCUUCCCCACGGAAAAGGACGCUCUACGGAUAAUCAACGCAGGGGGAUUCACAAUUAACCUCAACAAGGCCAAAAAUGUUUCCGAAGUCUUGGUACCCGGUGUACACAUUCUAAAAAAUGGCAUUUCGUUACUGCGGGUCGGUAAACGCAAUUAUUACAUUGUCAGAUGGCUUGCUUAAAGGUUAGUACCUAAUUAAUUAUUUCAAUACACUUGAAUGUUCCAAAAAAAAACAGGAUUCGGCAAUUUAAUCAUCCGAACACACGGUCCAUAUUGGUUUGUAAAUGAUAUCGAAUCUCCAAUGAUUUUCGUUUCGUGUUGAGGACGGUUGCUUAAGUACAACUCAACCGUGAAAUAAAACAAAUCAAAUAUUAUAUAGCUUAAAAUUAUAAUUAUAUAUGCAUAAAACGUCGAGAU